UCAGGUCAGGGCUGAAUCAGCUGAGUUGGAGGAUUCCUCCCGGUUAUGGUUAUUGUGGCUGCCGCUCCGGGGAUGAGGAGACCUGCUUGUGACCAAUAACAGGUUGUUUCCUCUUGUCUUUGAGCCACAUUUGCACCGGCGAUGGGGACAGGGCCUGUGAUUUCGGUCGGAUCGGUGUGAAGCCUGUGCGCUUCAGCGGAUCUUGAGCCUGCCUCUCAGUUUGAUUCAUACUGCUAAACAUGCUGGGGUGAGACUGAUGCAUCAUGGAUCCCGAGGAGCUCGAACUGCAGAAUGACUACCGUUACCGUAAUUACGCGGCGGUCAUCGAGAAGGCACUGCGAAACUUUGAGUCCUCCAGUGAGUGGGCUGAUCUCAUCUCCUCCCUGGGCAAGCUCAAUAAGGCCCUGCAGAGUAACCUUCGCUACUCCCUCCUGCCCAAGAGGCUGAUCAUAGGGAAGCGUCUAGCCCAGUGCCUGCACCCAGCCCUCCCCAGUGGAGUGCAUCUCAAGGCUUUGGAGACCUAUGAGGUCAUCUUCAAAAUAAUUGGAACAAAAUGGCUGGCCAAGGAUCUCUUCAUUUACAGCUCAGGGUUGUUCCCGCUGUUGGGCCAUGCAGCAAUGGCAGUCAAGCCUGUCCUGCUGACGCUGUACGAGCGUUACUACCUCCCCCUGCAGAGGGCUUUACUGCCCAGCCUCCAGGCCUUCAUAACAGGACUGCUGCCAGGCCUGGAGGAGGGCCUGGAGGUCAAUGACAGGACUGAUGCUCUGCUGCUUAGGCUGUCACUGCUGGUGGGCCAGCAGGUCUUCUACGGGGCCCUGUGGGGCAGCAUGCUGGUCAGUCCCCAAGUGCGAUUGCCAGCUACUCUCUUUAUAGUCAACCACUUUGACCGCACGGUGUCACCACGCCGGCAAACACACAUGCUCGGCUACGACCAUCACCUGGUGGUGAAGGCGGUGUGUCUGACGCUGCAAGACUCUAAUGUCUUGGUGCAGAGGAACAUGCUAGAAAUCCUCCUCUACUUCUUCCCCUUUGCUGCAUGCUUGGAGCCAGAGGAGGCUUGUAUUCCACUGAGUGGUGAGGACAUGGUUGAAGUGGUGUCUGCAGCUUCACUCACACUGCUCCGCCGAGACAUGUCCCUCAACAGACGCCUCUAUGCCUGGCUUCUAGGUGUAGACAUAAAAGGGGAAAUGGUGGCUCCACACUCCACCCUCUCUACCACCAUGGAGGAACACACAACCUUCUACUUAAACACCUACUCCAAAGACUUCCUUGUGCAGGCUCUUAUUAACAUCCUGAAACAGAAGGAUAUGAAGAGCGACCCAGAGAAUGUGAUGGCUUACCUGAGGCCCUUUCGCAUCAUCAUCAGCCUGCUGGAUAAACCAGAAAUAGGUCCUUUGGUUUUGAGCAGUGUGCUGUUGGAGGUCGUCCGGGCCUUUCACAGUUACUGCCGUGAGAUGCUUGGGGAGGAAAACAUCAUCAGCUCAGGGCUCACAGGCAACCAGCUGGCCAGUAAGAUAAAAGAGAAUAAAAAUGCGUCUGAAAUCAUAAAGACAAUGAAUAUGCUGGUGAGCUGCAUGAACAGUGAGUACCUGUGGGAGUACAUGACCCGACGCUUCUGUGCUUCUCUCAGUGACCCAGAUGACCCACCAACACCCCCCCAGCAGGAUAACAGCCACCCUGCCCCCACUGUAAAAGAGAUGUCCACUCUCAUCAUAUUCCUGUUAGACGUUAUACCUCUGGAGCUGCAUGCAGACAUCCAGUCCCACUUCCUUCCUGAGAUGCUGGGCUGCAUGCUGGAAACGCUGCGCACCCACAUGGCCUCUGUGGACCUGGCAGAGCUCACACAGGGCCUGCGUGCCUGCUUCAAGGUCCUGAGUAAGAUCCAGAUGCCUGUGGCUUUCAUGGACAUUGAGGCAGGGGCACACACACAGGAGGCAGAAGUACAAGAAGCGGAGGAGGCAGACAAACAAAUUGAGGAUGUCGAAAAGGAAGGAGAGAAAGAGAGCAACAGCGGUCAGGUUGAAGGAAACCAUGAAGACGAAGAGCCAAACAGAAAUGAGGGACAAGAGGCAGAACAUGCAGAUGAUGUGUUCCCGCCACUCCGGUCUGAAGACAGUGGCUUGGGCAUCAGCGCCUCACCGUCAGAACAGCAGCUCUUGCCGGGGAUGGGACUCGGGAGAGAGGGAGGGAACAUGUGCAAGGAAGGCGAGAGCGUGUGGAGGAAGGGAGGCAGUGUAGACACCAUGACCCAGUGUCUGCUGGACAUCCUGGCCUUCAUUACCACAAGAUACCUGCUGGUCCAGGUGGAGGAUGUCCGGGAACAAGAGGAGGCACCCCAGCCUGACCUAACUGCUGUCCCUCUGGAUCAGAAAAAUGUGUUGGGUGGCCUGGGUGGGCGGGACAUUAAAGACAAACUGGCUGAACUGUUCACCCCAAACAAAAACAGACCCCGCUCUUCGUCUGAUGCCCGGCUAUCAACAAGCUCCGAGAAGAAAAAGGAGCACAAGUCUGUAGGGUCUCUGAAUUGGGGGGCUGACUUCAUGCCCCGGGGCAGGUCGGAGAUCUCUGAAGCAUGUCGACAGGCCUUCACAGCCACGUGCCACCUGCUGCUGGAGUGCACCACCUUCCCCCUCUACCUGAGUGAAGAGGAGAGUCUGGCUCUCUGCACAGAGAUGUUCAGUAACACAGACAGCGAUGUGGAUAGCCUACCAGUAUGGCUGAGGUCCUUGAUGACUCUGUGCUGCCUGUCCAGGGACUACAACAUCCAACACACCGCAUUAGCCUGCUUACUAGAACUCAUCAACCACUCCCAGUCGCUGGCACUGGUCAUCCAGGACAAGCAGAGGCGCUACCAGACCUCUGACUCCAACCCUCUGAGUGGGCGCCUGCAGAUGGUCACUGUGCCACCCAUCUACCCUGCUGUGCUUCGUGCCAUAGAGGAGGGCACUGAUUUUUACCAGCGUGUGUCUCAGGUGCUGUGGAGUCAGCUGGACACCGAGCGGAGGGAGCAGCACAUUUCCUGUGUGGAUCUCUUCUACCGACUUCACUGUUUGGCUCCAACGGCCUUGAUCUGCGAAGACAUCAUCUGCCAGGCGCUACUGCACAAAGACAAGGCUGUGAGGCUGGAAGCGCUACACCGCUUCACUGUUCUGUGGCACCUGACAAGGGAGAUCCAGACCAACAGGACCCUGUCCCUCAAUCGCUCCUUUGACCGAUCCCUGUGUGUUGUGGUGGAGAGUCUGGGUGGUGCAGACGGCUCGAUGAGUGCAGCAGCUCAGUGCUGGCUGGUCAGGGCUCUGUCCCUCAACGAUGUGAUUCGGAUCCUUGAGCCCAUUCUGCUGUUGAUGCUUCACCCUUUCACUCAGCGCUGCUCCAUUCAGAACAUCAAACACAACCUUACUGCUGGUAACCUGAAAAGUCUAAGCAACAGAAGCCGAAGCUCCACCAAAAGUUCUGGAGCAUCUGCGAACCCCAUGGCAACAGAGGCUGCCACCUUGAAUUACAUGAACCUGGUGGACCGGGAAUCCCUGUGGGCAGAGUUAGAAAGCGACCCAGAGUUGACCAAACCAACCGACACCAUAGCAGUAUCUAGAAGUGAGAGCGAGGAGACAGAGGAGGAAGAUCCAGUGGAAGAGAGAGAGGAGGAAGUGGAGAGUGAACACACUGAGUCAGCUGACACGAGCGGCACCCAGGCGUCCACAGAAAACUCCAGCUAUGGCUCCGGACCUUACCGCAGUAGCACAGAGGAAGGAGGCAUGGUUAACGGCCUGCGGAGGGCAGAGUCAGAGCACACGCAAGCAUCUGAUUCAUUGACAAGUGAGGAUGAGGAGGAUCUUGAGCUGGAGGCCAUGGCCAGGUCUCGCCUGUUGAAACAGGAGCGUGAGAAGAGAGAGGCCAUCGACUCUCUGUUCCGCCAUGUGCUGCUGUACCCUGUGACAGGAGGGUGGCGCUAUCUGCUCCAAGGUCUGGCGCUGCUAGACAGCCUGCUUAGGAGCAGUGCUCAGCGCCCUCUGGUGGAUGCCCUCUCCUCCACCUCUCUGGACACAAGCUCUGCUGCUCACCUGAACCUGGUCUCUAACCUCUUGCAGCGUCACCAGCAGGCCCAGGAUGGUAAAGGUUUUUAUGGCCAGCUGCUCUCCCCUUCCUCCUCCCCCUCUGUGCCCCCAUCCCUGCUCAUUGAGCUGUUUGUGUCCUUGUGCCUGCGAUGUCUGCGAUCUCACUACCCCUCCUACCUGAGCCUGAGUCCACAUGAUCUUCAGGGGAACAGGGAGGUUCAGGUGAGGAGUGUGGAGGUGCUGACCCGAAUGGUGAACCAGCUUGGCUACGUGGCACGGGGACAGGAGGGCAAUGGGGCCAGCUUGGAACCCAUCCGCAGACUCCUCUGUGGGUGUAAAGUGCAACAAUAUGCCCUGCUUACCCUGUCAGCGUCUAUGUAUGUCAGCCAGAGAGGGAUGGACAAGGGGGCUGUCAAAGGUGCAGAGCUUCUUGAAGAGCAGGGAGGCCUUUCAGAAGAGAGUCUGGUGAACCUGGGAACAGGAGGAGGACAGGAGCAAUACCCCUUACAAAUAGAACUGCUCAAGCUCCUCCAGGCUCUCAUAGUCUUGGAGUACCACGUAUGGCCUGCUGGAGCUGUCUCCGCAGCUGGGUCAGCAGGGGCAUCUGGACAGGCUGAGGAGUUUCGUGACUCCCCCACAGCAAGCACGCCCCUUGCCCGGGAGUGGCAGACAGCGGUGCUUUUCCAGCAGUCCAUCAAGGCUGCCCAGUAUGUCCAAAGUCACCCGAUCACAGCCCAAGGCAUGUUUGUUUCCGCAGCAGCCAGGGCUCUGCAGCCACAGUAUGGCUAUGCCAUGCACCCCCACUGGGUGGCACUGCUGUGCUCCUCUCUGCCUUACUUGGGUCGCUCUCUAGGCAUCAUUGUGGCUCCACUCCUUUCUCAAAUCUGCAGAAACCUGGAUGAACUGGUCAAACUGAAUGAGCACGACGGUGGAAAGACAAGUCAGAGCCUAAGUGGUAGGAAAGAGAACAUUGCGCCGGACUACCCACUGACUCUACUAGAAGGCCUUACCACACUUACACACCACUGUCUACUGGACAAUAAGAAGUCCCUGGUAGCCUGUGAUCCUGCUGAUGUCCGUAAUGCACGCAACGCUGUGAUGGAGGAGCUCCCGCAUAUGCUCAGUAGCAUGGCUUGGUUAUGGGGCGUUGUUAGAAGGGAAGAGUCUCAGAGGAGGGGAUCUGAUUCCACCUUGAGCAGUAAACAUACUUCAGCUUCUGUGUACUUCAAAAGCACCAAGAUCCUACGACAGCGGAUACUGGAAUUCCUGGUCCCUCUAACAGGGCAGUAUGGAGUUCAGCUCAUGGCUUCAGUGGGAGCAGUGUGGAGCAGCAGGAAGAGUAAGAGGAGACAUAAAAAUAAGGUUUUACCUGUGGCCAGCGAGCCUCGUCUGACAAUCGUGGAUCUGGUGAAAUCUCUGAACACCUUGCACACUGACACCAUCCUACAUUUAGUCAAGGAGGUGGUUAAAAAACCACAUCAGCUCAAAGGAGACCAGAAGUCAUCCCUGGUAGACAUUCCCAUGUUACAGUUCAGCUACACCUAUAUCCAGAGUAUUUCCGUUCAGGCACUGCAGGAAAACAUCGUUCCUCUGCUUAGUCUCCUCCGAGAGUCAGUUCAGCUCAACUUGGCCCCGCCUGGGCAUUUCCUACUGCUGGGAAUCCUCAAUGACUUUGUUAACCGGCUUCCCAACCUGGACAAUAAGAAGGACACUCGAGAUCUGCAGGAGGUGACCCAGCGAAUCUUGGAGGCAGUGGGUGGGAUUGCAGGUUCAUCUCUGGAGCAGACCAGCUGGCUCAGUCGGAACCUGGAGGUCAAAGUUCAGCCACAGGUGUGCCCCGAGGCUGAGGAACCUGAUGAUGCAGACACCGAGGGUGACCUCUAUGAAUCAGCAGCUCAAGCCAGCACUAUGGUUUCUUCCUCAGCCCCCUCUGCUUACAGCGUACAGGCUCUGGCACUCCUGGCUGAGAUUUUGGCACCACUUCUGGACAUGGUGUACCGCAGUGAUGAGAAGGAGAAAGCAGUUCCUCUCAUCUCUCGACUCAUGUACUACGUUUUCCCUUACCUGAAGAAUCACAGUGCCUAUAACACACCCAGCUUUGAAGCGGGUGCUCAGCUCCUGAGCAGUCUGAGUGGGUACGCCUACACCAAAAGGGCCUGGAAGAAAGAGGCAUUUGAGCUUUUCAUGGAUCCCCUCUUCUUUACCAUGGAAGCCUCCUGUGCACCAAGUUGGAAAUCCAUCAUUGACCACCUACUGACUCAUGAGAAGACUAUGUUCAAAGACCUCAUGAGUAUGCAGAGCAGCUCCCUGAAACUGUUUCCAAGUGCAGAGCAGAAACCCAUGCUUCUGAAGCGCCAGGCAUUUGCCAUGUUCAGUGGAGAACUUGAUCAGUAUCAUCUUUAUCUGCCCCUCAUCCAAGAGCGCCUGACUGAGGCUUUGCGUAUGAACCAGACCCCUGCGGUUGCAGCUCAGAUAUUUUUGAUGUUUCGCGUUCUCCUGUUACGGAUCUCACCACAGCACCUCACCUCCCUUUGGCCAAUCAUGGUCACAGAAUUGAUUCGCGUAUUCGCACGUCUCGAGAAAGCACUGCAGGAAGACAAAGAAGUCUCAAAGCUAGCUAAAGUGGUGCGUGGAGCUGUCGACAGGAAUGGCCCAGUAAAUUUCUCCCAGCCAGAGUUGGACAUGUACCUGUCAGCCUGCAAGUUCCUGGACACUUCAUUGGCCUUCCCUCCAGAAAGGAUGCCCAUCUUUCAGUUGUAUCGAUGGGCAUUUAUUCCUGAGGUGGAUGUGACCCGCUACAGUGGCCCAGACAAUGCACUUCUGGAGGGUGAGCAGGAAUGCAUACCCCGUGUUGUCAGAGUACUGGAAGGAAUGCAGCAACGAUUCGGGGCCACAAAUGGGCUGAGUGAUGAGUCAUCCACAGAGCAUUUGGAGUUCCCCCUCCUCACCCAACACUCCCUGUCCUCCAUCACCCAACUGAUGCCCUUCCUUCGCACCCUUUGUUGUUCCUUCCAGGGCCCUUCUCUCCACAGCCCUUCACCUGACCACCCUACACCCCACCGCCCAGUAGCAGACUACCCAGCAACCAGCGCUGACACAGUCCUCAGGCGGCUGGAACACAUCACUGAGGAAGAGUUCCUGGACUCCAUGGAGAGUUAGGACUCAAGCAUGAAGCUUUAAGAAACUACGCCGCCUUCUCAAGCUUUUAAAACCCCGGAGGAAUGAAUGAACGGCAGCCGUAAGAAUGGACUUACUAGAAAAGGCACAAACAGUGAUGGUGUUGUAUUGUACACAAGGAGAAAAAAUGUAUUGGAAUGCUGUUUUUAUUGUCUUACCUUGUCAAAUCUCUACAUUAAUACAUUUACCUCUGAGAUACUCUCACACUGAAUCUGUACUGGAAAAGCCAAGGGACUGUACAAUAGCUAAGCUAUUUCCAGUGGGCUUUUUGGAUAUCAUAAAUAGGGAAGUGCUGAGUUCUAAUGACUGUGGAUUACUUUUUCUCUCUCUCUAAGAUCUGUGGCAUCUCAGUUAGAUGUUCUUCACGUUGAGGUUGUGUCUAUUUUCUUUGCAUUAUUUGGUUUAAACUUUAACUAUUGGGGAUGGACUAGGGUCCAUUUAAAGGAAAGGAAAUGCUUGUUAAGUGUAGGAACUUCAGAUUCACUGCCUUACAAUAACAACAGCUCUGAUGCAAAAUUUUAAGAAUAAUACUGAUACUAAAUAGCAGAUUCACUGUGAAGAGCUAUAUAUAUAUAUAUAUAUAUAUAUAUAUAUAUAUGUAUAUAUGGCUUGUGUCCCCUUUCAUAAACUCUCGUUAGCCAUGUUCUCUCCUAAUAGCUUAUGUCUGUCUGACAGAGAAUGUAAUGUGGGACCACGUGUCUGUAAGACACUGUUGGAGAUGUAUUUCAUAAUUGGAAAUUAUUUAGGAAGUCAGCUGCUUGGUGAAGACUGAUGUUAAGAUUUUAAGGGUAAGUUACUGAAUGUGAUUUGUGCACACAAGAAAACCCCUGCCAUGUCUGUUGUUAUAUUCAGUAUAUUUAAGGGAAUUCAGAUUUUGUAUGUAGUUGUUCGUGGAUAGCUUUUACCACUGGCCAUAGUCUUUCUCUCACAUCGGUGUUACGGUAAUUUAUUUUAAAUGCUUAAAUCAUGUCAAGAUUGGAAGUAACAAUGACUUGAUUAAACAAAAAGAGGCUAAG